AUGUCUCAAUUUGAGUCUCCGAUACCUCUAUCGGAGAUAGAAACAGUUUUGACAUGGGUUGAUACUUUUAACCUUUCAAGGCCUACAAAGAAGAUCAACAGAGAUUUUUCUGAUGCUGUUCUCCUAGCAGAAAUCCUCAAUGUCCACUAUCCGAAGCUUGUCGAGAUGCACAACUACCCUCCUCGCAACAGUCACUCACUCAAGCUCAAUAACUGGAUGACCCUCAACAGGAAAGUGCUGAAGAAGCUCAAGCUGAACCUCUGUCUGAACACUAUGGAACAACUCGCCAAUUCUUCUUCUGGGGUCAUUGAGAGAGUACUCGUAAUGGUGCGUGAUAAAAUUCGUCGCGAUGAGGAGGCGAACAAGGCAUCCAAAGACGAGGGCACGAACAUGUCAAGUGGCGGUAGUUACUAUGAAGCAUGUGGGGAUGAUGAACACAUUUUGGUGGUUCCUGUCAAGACAAGGAUCAACGGUGUGUUGGAGACGUUGCAACAGAAGGUCGUGAGCUACGACACCUACUGUACUCUCAAAGAGGAGUUAAAAGAUGCUUAUAGUGCCACUGAAGUCCUGAAACAGAAGGUAGAACAUCUGGACAAUCUACUUAAACUUAAAGAAGAAAGAAUAAAUGAGCUACAAAAUCAAUUAGAAAGAAAACAAACUAGACGGAAGGAGGCUGAAGCCUUACAAAAUACCUUAUCUGUCCCUUUCGAAACUAACUUGAUGUCCACCGACUGUCUCAUCAAUUCUCCAAUGAGAACACCUUCUCUAAAAACUUUAGAUACAAAAGUUAAAGGUGAAGAAAGUAAAAUAAAAAUAGAAGAAAUUAAAACUAAAGAGGAAGAAUCUAAUAUUAAGGCCAGUGAAUCUAAAACUAAAGCUGACGAAGCUAACAUUAGGCCACCAAUCUCUAAACCCAAAGUGGAUGAAUCGAGUUUUAAAUCCAUCGAAUCGAAGACUAAAAUCGAUGAAUCUAACACAAGAGCUACUGAAUCUAAAACCAGUAUUGAAGAUACUAAAAUUAGAACUGUUGAUUCAAAACCUCGAGUUGAAGAGAAUACUAUCCGACUCCUAGAUUCAAAAACUAAAGUUGAAGAAUCCCGAAUACCAGUUCUGAAAAGUCAUUCUAAGCCUUGUUUAAACGAUGUACACAAUGCACUUGAUUCAUCAAUCAGUAAUAGGAGUCUAAAUAUUACUGUUACUAAUAUGAAAUAUGAUAUUUUUAAAGAUACAGAGAAUGUCAAUGAUAAAUAUGAGUUAAACACAGAUCAUGAAGAAGAAUUCAAAGACAGUGUAGGAGAUAUAAUAACAAUAGAGGAAACUGUACAAAAGGAGAUUAAUAACAUUAUAAAUCAGAAACAGCCUAUGUACCAAAGUCCUGACUAUGUUUAA